AUGCCCUCACCGCAUGCCAGCACUCCGGCCACCUUCUCGAACGCAGGCACGUCGCAGUCGCAGUCGCAGCCGCAGCCCCAUCAGUACCGCCAGCAUCUCCCAGACCAGCAACAGAACCACCGAUAUCUGCCCCAGCAGGCCCAUCAGUUCCAUCGGAUCCAUCCCUCGUGGACGCAGCAACAGCAACAGCAGCUCCAGUCAAACCAUAAGCAGCACAGACUGUCCCGGUCGUUCCCCUCGUCGACUUCUCACCUAGCUACCCCCCGGUACCAGACCGGCACACGCUCCGACCGACCGCAGCCUCCGGUUUCUUCUUCGCUAGGUUCUCGUCUCGACCCGGGUACAGGGACAUCGUUCUUGCGACAAACACCUUCUCCCCUUCCUCGAACCUCAUCUCUCCUGCCACCACCACAAUCUUCUACCCAAUAUUCGACAGCCGCAGUAGAUAUAGCCCACGAGGGCACCGUUACAUACCCCGAAUUCGAUACCGAAACCUCGUCAUACCUUGGACCGUCCAUCAACCACUCGCGUUCGAGCAGCGCCCGUUUGUCGACCGAGGGAAUCCGAGACGUUAACCACUGGUCUGCCUCUACAGCCUCGAGCCGAGUGUCGGUGGCCAACUCUCAUGCGCGCCGCGUGAGCAUCGACACACCUGCGCUGCUUGUUCCCAACAGCAACUCGGCAACGAACCAGUCGGUCCAGAAACUGUCGAGACACAGAAGACGGUCCAACUCUAGCGAGGCUUCUUGGGACACAUACAACGGUGGCGACAGGUUGCGUGCCUACUCACCCUCCGGACCAACUCGUGGCGAAGGCCUUUCUACGGGUUUGGUACCACAUCAGCUUGACUUUUCCCUGACCACCGUCCCAUCGCUCUCCAUAAACGCCGCGACAGCGACACCGGGUACGUCACGAGCUUCCAAGAGCGACUACGCAAUUGAGCAAAACCAAGCCUGGGAUGCAUUCUCAGGCGCUGGCCGGAGAGGAUCAGUCGUACCGGACCCAUAUCAGCUACCUCUUGCAGCCAUGUCGUCCGAUCGCAGUGGGGAGGCCUCUUUGAUGAGGGGCCACUCUCGUAACCGGUCUCAGACCGCCAUGGGGAGUACCGAUACUACUGGAUCUACCCGUGGAAGGGAUAGAGGAAACAGGCCCCCAUCACAGAAAGCCAUGCUUUCGCGGGCACUCCAAAAAGCAAACACGGCCGUUCAGUUAGAUAAUGCACAGAACUUCGAAGGCGCACGACAAGCCUACUCGGAAGCAUGUGAUCUUUUGCACCAGGUGCUGGCCAGGACCUCCACAGAUGAAGAUAAACGGAAACUAGAGGCAAUUCGCCGGACAUACACCAGCCGCAUCGAAGAAUUAGAUCAGAUGGCUCCCGUUCAGCCAGUGCUAGGAGGAAAAGCACUGCCAGCACGACCCGAAAGCUUGGGACUACGCUUGAACCCCAGUUUGCAAUUUGAUGAUGAUGAUCUGGAGGAGUCUGGUGGCCUAGAAACCGCGGCUCUCACGAGGAUAUUGAAUGAGGGAAGUCGGAGUUCCGCGCAUCAUGGUGGCCCUGGGCUGGCUAUUUCGCGGAUGCAAGGACUCGGGGAACCUACGAGAGGACAGUCCUCGAGGUUGCCCGAGCAGUAUCCUUUGCAGUCCUCGUUUUCGAGGUCACCACUACGUGAACGUACAUCAGACGAUCAACUAAUUCUCCAAAUACCCACCGAAGAUGCGUAUAUGCCUCCGCCACUCUCACCGCGACGACCUCAAUCCCCCAAACUCGAUGGCCGAGGCAGUCCCGAUGGCCCUGUUAGAUCAGACUUUUCUCUGGCCGCAAGACGAAUUAGUCAGGGUCCUCGUCACAUCCGAGAUUCGAGUCGAGAGUCGAGCUCCUGGUUGGAUCCCAUCGACGAGUCUGGGGGUUCCGCAACCUCUUCCGUCCACUCACGGUCAUCUUCCUCUGUUGUGAGGCGGAAACACAUCCGUGCUCCGAGCGGCGCUACGGAAGCCGAGUUUGACGCGGCUUUGGAUGCGGCUGUCGAAGCAGCCUACGAUGAUGGCUAUGAGCCCAUGGGGUUUUCUGAGCCAGAAACCUAUGGGUCAGACGACCCCGUCGUCGCGAAAGCGUUACACAAAGUUGAAUUGGCCAAAGAACGUGUUCGUCAAACGGAAAGAGAAGUAUUCGAGCAAGCGAAUGGGAGAGAACGACGGACCCAGAGCCGAGCAGAACAGCUCGAUGGAGAUGUCACACACGAAGACUUUUAUGACGACGGGUCUUCUGACGAGGAGGAGCGCAUACUUGAGGAGAUGACUCGUGACUACUCGGUUGACGAAUUUGCCUUCAACCUGGCAUCUGAUCAAGUCGCAGCCAGAAACUCCGGCUCAAGCGACUUGGCCGAAUCUUCCUGGCAAGCGACAGCGGAAUCAACUGACGCAACAAGCGCGGAUGUUUGCUCGUCACCGACUGAUCCCAUCGCAACAUCCAACUUUCCUGGAGCCGGAAGCCCAGCAGUACCACCCCCAGUACAGGCCUUGCCCGAACUACCUGUAAAAAAGUCGUUCUCGGCAUCACCGUCAGCACCAGGGCCCGGGCAGAGUGUGCGGAGUAGACGGAUGUCUGGUCAGAACCCCAAGCAACUAAAGAUCGAGACAUCUAAGUUUUCGCAGUUUGCCGACCCUGGGCGGCGGUAUAGUGUAGCUCAAGCAUCGAGCGGAAUUCAUGGAGUCGAAUUCGAAACCCCCGACAUGAAUGGCUCGACCGACGUGAACGACUCGGUUGGUCGGCCGUACUCGCCGCCUGAAGGUAUAAGCCCGACUCAACCAAUUCCACCCACGCCGCCGCUUGGCCAUUCUAGAAGCCAAGACAGCGAAGACUUCACCGGGAGUCAUUCCGGCUCGCCGUCCUUUAGGCCCCCCCUGAGGAAGAAUUUUUCAUCUUCGAGUUUACGAAGCAUGAGGAAUCGCAACAUGUCCUUGUCCAACUUGGACGACGCUUCUGAUAUGUCCCCUGGUACUCCACUAAGCACGAGCUUUGGUAUCAAUGGCAGGCACCCGGCGAUGCCAACAUUGCCGACCCCAUUGGCGGCGGCUUUUAGGGAUAAGAUUACGUCAAGCUCUGCCGGCGGCCUAUAUCUCUUCGAUGAUAGCCUCCAUUCUCCCCAGAGUCCGAGCUCUCCCAACCCACUCCAAACCGAUGCCCCGGUCUCGCUGGAACCCUGUCCAACAGACUACAUGCUAAGGCCAUUUUGGCUAAUGCGGUGCUUGUAUCAGACGCUCGCCCACCCCCGCGGAGGUUACCUGAGCAACAAGCUUUUUGUUCCCAGGGACGUGUGGAAGGUAAAAGGGGUGAAGAUCCGGAAUGUGGAGGACAAGGUGGCAACAUGUGACUAUCUCACGGCAGCGCUCCUUAAGUUGGCGAGGGUUGAUACGUGUGAUGCCGAUGCCGUUCUCGAGGAGAUGCAGUCAUUGGAGGGCAUCUUGGAACAAGUUCAAGCCAGCUUGACGCGAAAGCUGGGGACUGAUGUCGGCGUUCAAAGUUCCAGCAUGCUAUUUCGAGAUGCCUCUAACUCGGCCGAGAUCGAAGCGGCCAUCAGCGUGCCACGUUCAGGCAGCGUCUCGGGGAAGUCUUCAUCCUUUUCGUGGAGAAGACUCCGACCCAAGAACUCGGCGGCGGGCUUGAACAACUCGUUCAACGCCAAAGGGGCUGCUGUUCCAGAGAGCGGCAAGGAAUCUCCAAGUUUGGAAACGCUACCCAUGACGGACCAUCCAACAAGUCGCCCAUCGAAACGAGAUCCGAGCAAUGCGCAAUUUACCGGACCGAACGCACAUUACAUGGGAUCCCUAGCCAGGCUAUUCGACGCUGCUCAGACAAUCGACCAGAUUGCCCGUCAGGUCGAGGAUCCUGGCUUAAGGCACGCCGAUAAGACACAGGUUGGCCUUGAACUCUGCACCCGACACGCGGCAGAGUUCUUUGGCUUCUUCAUUUGUCGAUUUGUGCUCUCUGAUCUGAGUGCAUUAUUGGACAAGUUCAUCAAGAGAGGGACGCCGUCGCGCUCCGCCCUUGAAGAACGAAUCCUCGCGAUCCCUAUCGAGCGGUACCGAAACUUUUGCAUAGUAGCCCACAUCGACCAUGGUAAGAGUACGCUUAGCGACCGGCUGCUGGAGAUUACCGGUACCAUCUCUGCCAGCGAUUCAAACAAGCAGAUCCUCGACAAGCUAGACGUCGAACGAGAGCGAGGUAUCACCGUCAAGGCCCAGACCUGCACCAUGAUAUACUGCUACAAAGGGGAGGAUUAUCUGCUGCACCUUGUCGAUACCCCGGGUCACGUUGAUUUCCGAGCCGAAGUAACGCGGUCCUACGCCAGUUGCGGCGGCGCGCUGCUGCUGGUCGAUGCCAGCCAGGGCAUACAGGCGCAAACCGUGUCCAACUUCCACCUCGCGUUUGCACAGGACCUAGCCCUUAUUCCUGUCGUCAACAAGAUAGACAUGCCCUCUGCUGAUGUACCCCGAGUUCUUGAGCAGAUGCAAACGUCAUUUGAACUGGUCCCUUCUUCGGCCGUCCUUGUGUCAGCAAAAACUGGCAAGAACGUGGCGAAUAUAUUGCCCGCGGUUGUAGAGCAAGUGCCGCAUCCCGUUGGCAAGAUUUCAGAGCCACUGCGGAUCUUGCUAGUCGAUUCUUGGUACGAUAAUUUCCGGGGUGUCAUUCUCCUCGUCCGCGUCUUUGAUGGUCAAGUCAAGGCUGGCGAUAACCUCAUCUCAUUCGCGACCGGCCACAAGUACACCGUCGGCGAGGUCGGUAUUCAAUAUCCAAACGCCGUUCCGCAAAGUGUUCUUCGAGCUGGACAGGUCGGCUACAUCUACUUCAAUCCGGGUAUGAAGCGAAUUCAGGACGCGAAGCUCGGUGACACUUUUACAACUGUUGGGUCGGAGGAUAUCGUCAAGCCGUAUCCGGGCUUUGAGGAACCAAAGCCGAUGGUUUUUGUCGCAGCGUUCCCCACUGACCAGAGCGACUACACACGUCUCGCUGACAGUAUCAGUCAGCUGGUUCUCAACGACCGAAGUGUUACCCUGCAAAAAGACUAUUCCGAAGCAUUGGGGGCGGGUUGGCGACUGGGGUUUCUCGGUAGCUUGCAUUGCUCCGUGUUCCAGGACCGGCUGAAGCAGGAACAUGGCGCUAGUAUCAUCAUCACCGACCCGACUGUACCAACCAAAGUCGAGUGGGCCGACGGAUCCGAAACGAUAUACCAAAACCCGGCCGAGUUUCCCAGUCAGGAUGAACAUCGGAUGCGUGGUGCAACUGUAUUCGAGCCUUUCGUAACGACCACAAUGACUCUCCCAGAGGAGUAUCUAGGUCGCGUCAUGGAGCUCUGCGAAAGUGUGCGUGGAGAGCAAAAGAGCUUCGAGUUCUUCCAUGCCACUCAGGUUAUUUUGAAGUACGAUAUACCUGCUGCUCAACUGGUAGAUGAUCUAUUUGGAAAAUUGAAGGGUGCCACGAAGGGUUACGCCACUCUGGACUACGAAGACUCGGGAUGGCGAGCGAGCCAGCUCACAAAGCUGCAACUUCUCGUCAACAAACAGCCAGUGGACGCAAUUUGUCGCGUUAUCCACAUCUCUCAGGCCGAGCGUCUUGGCAGACAGUGGGUAACUAAGUUCAAGGAACACGUCGAUCGACAAAUGUUUGAGGUCUACUCAGAGAUCGUCAUUCAGGCGGUGGCAGGAAAACGGAUUGUCGCUCGCGAAACCAUCAAACCGUUCCGAAAGGAUGUGCUCGCAAAGCUCCAUGCUGCCGACAUCACGCGCCGGAAAAAGCUGCUGGAGAAGCAAAAGGCAGGCCGCAAGCGUUUGCGGGCCGUUGGAAAUGUGGUUAUUGACCAGUCCGCCUUUCAGAGCUUUCUUGCCAGGUAG